AUGAUUACAAGUGAAUUUAAUUAUAAGAAAUUAAUAACUGGACGAUUAUUUAUUUGUCUGUUCAGUAUAUUGGUUAUCAGUGGGAUCAGUAAUGCUAAUCCUAGACAUCAAUCUACGUUUGCCCAACAAACGAUGCCUCAUCAUGCAGGUCAAGGACACUAUGUUUUAUCUGAACUAGAAGAAAAUUAUCCAAGAAUCCAUGAAACGGAGACAAGUGGUAACGAAAGAAACCCAGAAUUUGGUCCAGCAGGAUUCAAGCGUAAUUUCGAUCCUAUAAUGUUCAAACGUUCCUAUUUUGAUCCUAUAAUGUUCAAACGUACCUAUUUUGAUCCUAUAAUGUUCAAACGUUCCUAUUUUGAUCCUAUAAUGUUCAAACGUACCUAUUUUGAUCCUAUAAUGUUUAAACGCACCUACUUUGAUCCUAUAAUGUAUAAACGUAGCUCUGAAUAUCAUUCUGAUUAA